UUGGAAGAGGUUUAUUUGCUUGGGUACAUACACUCCUUUGUACUUGUUUUUUCCCCCCACUUCGGUAUGAAUCAAUGAAAAUGUUUAAGAUCUCAAAUACAUUUUCCAAUUUAACCUUUCUCAAGCCACUGAGCUUCGUCAUGAGAAGAUGGUGGAAACAGUGGCUGCAAACCGAGGUGUACCUGUAAUUAAAGAAGCUGUGUGCCAUAUGAUGGUUCUUCAAGAACCAUCAAAACUUUCACCAGUUGACGGUUUGUCAAUGAAGCUGUCUUCGCUCAACGAGUCUCAUCUCGCUCUAGUCAACAGUACCUGGAAGUUUGGCAGUGAGCACAGCAAACUAAUGAUUAAGAAUAUGAUUUUGAACUUUCCCUCGUAUUGUAUUCUGGAUUCAAAUGAUCAGCCAGUAGCAUGGAUAUUGACUUAUACCUCCUGUGCGCUGGGAAUGCUGUAUACAAUUCCAGAACACAGAGGAAAAGGCUAUGCAAAAGCUUUGGUUACCAUUAUGUCACAGAGACUUCACUCUCAGGGUUAUCCAGUGUAUUGUUUUAUAGAGGAAAAGAACCAAUUAUCUUAUAGCCUAUUCACAAACCUGGGUUUCACCAAGGUCCCUGAUUACAGGGCAGCCUGGUUUGUGUUUAAUGAUUUUUAAUCAGGUGCACUGAUGUGACCAAAUUACAGCUUUGUAACUGACACAGAUGCCUUGUAUGGAUUUGUAAACAGCAUUUUUAUGUAAUGACCUAACAGCAUAUAAAAGAAUGGUCACAAGCCCAUCCAUACUUAAAGGAAUAAUUCACCCAAAAAUGAUUUUUCUCUCAUCAUUUGCUUGCACUUAUGCUAUCCCAGAUGUGUAUGACUUUCUUUCUUCUGCAGAAUACAACCACAGAUUUUUAGAAGAAUAUCUCAGCUCUGUUAGUGAAAUGGUAAAUUGUGACCAAAACUUUCAAGCUCCAAAAAGCACAUAAAGGUAGCAUAAAAGUAAUCCAUAAAACUCCAAUAGUUUAAUCCAUGACUUCUGAAGUGAUCCACUCAGUUUUGGGUGACAACAGAACAAAACAUAAUUCCUUUUUCAAUGUACAUCUUGCCAAUGCAGUCUGUAGGCAAGCUGAGAUAUUCUUCUAAAAAUCUUCAUUUGUGUUCUGCAGAAGAAAGUAAGUCACACAUCUGGGAUGGCAUGAGGGGGAGUAAAUGAUGAAAGAAUUUACAUUUUUGGGUGAACUAUUCCUUUAACAACACAAAUGAAUUUAUUUAAUUUUUAACUCAUUCCUUGAAUAAAAAUGUGUAAAGAACCA